AAACACGAACUCUUGGUCAAACACGAAAAAAUCAUCAACUAUCGUUGACCAUGCCUAAUUAAACCUUUAAUUAAUGGUCCGUUAAAUAAUGGUUAACAGACGUUUAGUCACUAAACGUCGUCGUUUUGUCUAAACUAAAAAACCCUAAUCUAAUCGAGCAAAAGCCCCAAUUCAUCAACAUCAAAUCCCUAGUUUCUUCACACAAAGCUCUCUCGUUCUCUAUCUCAUCUCUUUCUUCAUCUCUUCCUAGCAUCAUGAACCGUGGGAUUCCUUCGAAUUGUGGAUGUGGAGGAGAGAUAAGGACGUUCACAUCAGGCACCCAAGAGAAUCCAGGACGUCCCUUCUACCGUUGUGAAACCAGAGGAGAGGAUCACUUGUUCAAAUGGGUGGAAGAAGCUGUACUUGAAGAGGUUGAAGAUGUAUUGCCUAAAGUAGCAGUCCAUGAAAUCGAAAUUGCAAAGAUGAAGGCUGAUAUUGAAGAUUUGAUGGAAGUUGCUUUGAACAACAAAGUCGAAAUUCAGAAGAACAAAGUGAUGAUCAAAACUCUUAUGGUGUAUUCUCUCUUUGUCAGUGCAGCGUUUGUUGUGUAUGUGCUUUACUGAUCAUAUUAUGAUUGUCAUUGUCUUUGUGGUAAGAGAUUUGUUUAUGAUUGUCUUCUCUGAUAAUGUAUGAUGAUGUAUGAUGCUUAUGUAUUGUCUUUGUGGUAAGAGACUUGCCUUGUUAUGACUGUCUUCUUUGAUAAUGUAUGACAUUAUGGUAA